AUGGAGAACCUUGACACUAGCAGAAUGGAAGGUAUUUUCGUUUAACUUAUCAAGUCUAUGCAAUUUACACCAUGUUGAGUAAAGCUUUCAAUGUUUAUUGCAGUAUUUUAUUAACUUCUUAGUCAUAACUAAUAAAUAAGGCAAAGAAGAAUCAGUCUCCACUACAGGAAGCUGAUGUUGUGCUUUACUUUGCCCCAUUUCAGAGAUUGUCCAACCGGUCAGUGAGAGCAGUGAGAAGAUCGUUGUGGCAGAACCAGGUGCUUCGUCAUCUAUUGAAACCACAGACCUUCUGGACCAGCAGGGUAACAGACACAGAGCUCCAGACACCGCACUCAAUAUAGAACCUGAAAACCAGACGUUCCAGCAUCCAGCAUCACCAUACAACAGAGCAAGACAGGACCAUCGGGUUGCUGACUGUGUUACCUGGGAAACUGACCAUCAACCCAUAGCAUACAGCCUUUCUCAAUGGACAGAGAACCAAGAGACUGACAACCGAACUGUGAAUGCUCCUCACAAUGCAGGGCCAGACUCCAAGAGGCUGUCUGAACAUCCAGAGAGGAGAGGGGCGCCUGGUAACUCUGGGGUCUGCAUGUCUGCUUUGGGCUCUCUGGACUGGGUGUCUGAUGUGGUGCUGGUGGACUCGGUUCCCAUUAAAGUGGAGGCAGAUAUGAGUUCAGAAUGGAGCAUAAUGGGCCAAGAGGCAACAUCUGGAGAGGUCUGUUCAGAGGGCAGGCAGCUUGUGGACAACAGAGGAAGAGGGGGAAUGGAGUCUGGACAGACAAAGUGUCCCACUGACACUCAAAACACAGAGCAAGGGACAACUGUAGGAUCCAAGUUGACAGAUUUCAAUGGACUGUCCACCCCAAACAGCUUUUCAUACCCAAGGGUUACUCUCCACCAGGUUCCCCAAAGAGGGAAGCCAGCCCCCUUCCCGAAUUUCAACAGAGGCUCCACUUCUUCAUCAAAAGGCAUAGAAAAGCAGCCGCAACAGCUAACGUCUUGUUCGGCCAAGAGGCAGCUCCGGUGCAGCCUCUGCGGAAAACCUUUCCCCAAGCCGGCGCACCUGCAGAGGCACAUGCGGGUCCAUACGGGGGAGAAACCGUACGGCUGCAGCCACUGCACCAAGCGCUUCUCCCACAGCCACCAGCUGAAGAUGCAUGAGAGGGUGCACACUGGAGAGAAACCGUUUCAAUGUGUCUACUGUGGGAAGUGCUUCACCCAGUCCGGCCACAUGAAGAAGCACCUCCUCGUCCACACUGGCAGCAGGCCACAGGACGUUGGGCUGCCCUGAGUGUUCCAGGGUGAAGUUUCCCCUAGGUACAGAUCUAGGAUCAGCUUCCUCUCCCCCAAUCCUAACCUUAACCAUUUGUCCCAAAAACUGACACAAGAUCAGCUUCUAGGGGCAACUUCACAAUACUCCACCCGGCGUAAUGAUGGGCAGGGCCAGGAGUUUUCCCUCACCACGUGACCAGACCAGGGAAAAACCCCUGGCCCUAGUUGUAAGCGGAAUGGCUCCACAUUACUGGGGUUUCAUAUGAAAACUGUGUUUAAAAAAAUAACUUAAAUACUUCCCAAAAUUUUUUUUCUUGUUUUUCAACAAACAAAACAAUCCACAUUCACAGAUGUGGCAGAAAUAAAAACAAACAACAAAUUUGCAGCAGCACUAUCAGUAAUUUGCAAUUUCCAGCUUUCGCUGAGACAAUGAGUAAAUAAUUCGUUUUACAGCACUUUACACAUAAUGUGUAUACACACAUUUCCUUAAUCAACCCAUUCACUCUUUCCAGUUUGAAAUAUAGUUGAGUAGUGGAGACCAGAGUCAAUCGAACCUGGGCUGUCUCUCGCGGAGGUCAUACGUUAGCUUUUCAAGAGGAAGAAAGUCAACAAUCUGGUCAAUUCACAUUUUAAAUGUAGGACAGGAAUUAGAAGCCCACCGUGGGAGAAUACAUUUUUUAGCAAAGUAUGUAAUAGACAUAAACAAAUUUUCUCUGUCUGGAUCAAGAACAAAGUCCUGCUGAGCAUUAAGAAGAUAGCCAUGGGGUCAUAUCAAACUACAUCUAAUAUUUUCAAUGCAGCAGUAUGUAUAGAUUGCCAGAAUCUGUCAGUCUCUCUACAACGCCAAAAUACAUGCAUGUAAGUUCCACUUUCAGACACAGGAGGUUGGUGGGUACCUUAAUUGGGGAGGAUGGGCUUGUGGUAAUGGCUGGAGCAGAAUUAGUGGAAUGGUAUCAAACACAUGGUUUCUAUGUGUUUGAUGCCAUUUGCUCCGUUCCAGCCGUUAUUAUGAGCCGUCCUCCCCUCAGCAGCCUCCACUGCUUUCAGAGGUACAUCUUUUACAAUCAGGAGAAAUGUCUGUAUUAAUUCUAUGGAGUCUCAAUGGGGUGUAAUACGAUUUGUACAAAUAUGUUUUAUAGAUUCUUAAAGGUUUAUAUUAGUAGAGGAGCAGUAUACCCUGUUGCAAACAUCCGCCCAUAACUCCUCACUGAUAGUCAGACAAAGGUCCUUUUCCCAGAUUAUUUUCAAAGGUGUAAAGGAGGAGCCCACGUUCUCGGAUAGGAGUCUAUAGAUAUGGGAGAUUUUGCCUUUGAUGGAUUGUGCUGUAGCAAGAAGGGUCUCAACUUCAUUGAACUGAGCUCUAAACCUCCCCUUGGAAGCAAAUGAGGAAAUUACGUGUCUAAUUUGAAGAAAUUUAAAUUGGAUCUUGGCACAUUGAAUUCACUGCAGAUCUCUUGAAAGGAUUUCAGUGUAGUUGUGUGCUGAUGAAACGGUUCUUAAAAGGUCCUGAUCCCUAGAGUAUGCCAAAGAUUAAAGUUGGUAUCACUCAGGGCUUUUGGCAAGUCUGGGUUGCAUACUACAGGCGAGUGAGAUCAUAUCUGGGAGUUUUGAAUUUGGGCAGACCAGUAGAACAACUGACGGCAGGAAGCGCAAGACCACCCUUAGAUUCAGAUUUCAAUAAAGUGGAGAACUUGAUCCUAGGUUUUUUAUUGCCCCAUAUAUAUUUGGUGAUGCUUUGGUUGGUUGUUUUGAAAAAAAAAUAAACUGGGAGAUAGCAUGGGAGCAUCUGAAAUAAACAGUAUAGUCUAGGGAGGAUGUUCAUGCGGAUAACAUUGAUUCUUACGACUAAGCUAAUUGGGAGGGAGAUCCAGGUUCAGAGAUCAUUCUUGUUUCGAUCCAGGAGUGGGGGAGAGUUUUCUUUGAAAAGGCAAUCCAGAGCUGGUGUUAUGAAGAUUCCAAGGUAUUGAAACCCCUGUGUCUUCCAUUGGAACGGGCAGAGUGCCUUCGUGGAGCUGGUGAGUAUAAGAUUGAGAGGGCAAACAAGGGAUUUGUUCAAAUGUAUCUAAUAUCCUGAAAACUUGCCAUACUGAGCAAUGGUGUCAACAAUGUGAGGGAGGCAUUUCUCAGGGUUGGAUCUGUAGAGCAAGACAUCAUCCACGUAGAGCGAAAUCUUGUGCUGAAGGCCGCCUGCAGAACACCCAUAAUACUUGGAUUGUUCCUUAUAAACUCUGCAAAAGGCUCUGCCCCCAACAAGUAGAGCAGAGGGGACAGCGAGCAUCCUUGUCUUGUGCCACGUCCCAAAGAGAAUCUGUCAGAGUUCAGACCAUUAGCAGACAUCAUGGCAUUUUCGAUGAGACUAUAGGGACUUAAUCCAUUUAAUAAAGUUUGAGCCCAUAUUGAACUUUUCUAAGACGGAACAGAAAGCUCCACUCCAUCCAGCAGGACAGGGGUCUUCUGUGCAUUUACUUAAUCUAUAAUAUCAAAAAGAUGGCGAAUGUUAUCAUAAGAGUACAUCUAAUGAAUCCAGUUUGGUCCGCUUUUAUUAUUUUGGGAAGAAGAGUGUUUAGUCUUUUGCCAAACAAUUUGGUAAUUAUUUUGUAGUUGAAGUCCAGUAAGUUAUGGGCCGGUAGGAUGAGUAGGAGAGAGGGUUCUUGUCUUUUUUGAGCAACACUGUAAUGCGGGCUGUGUACAUAGUCUGGGAGAGGUCCAUUUUUGCAAAAAGUAAUCCAGCAUUGGCAUGAAAAUAGGGCUAAGCUUGGGCCAAUAAGCUUUGUUGAACUCUGGGUAAUCCGUCUGGGCCUAGGAACUUGUUAGGUGGCAUGGAGAUGAUUGCCUCUAGGACCUCCUCGGGAGUGAGGGGGAGUUGAGAUCUUCUUGGUUGGUUUCUGAUACUUUUGGUAGCGAGCUUCUCUCUAGGAAGGAAUGGAGUUCUGCAUCUGUAUAUUUUGCACUAAAAAUCAUGAAAAGUUAAUUGUAUCUUAUUUGGAUCAUAUGUGACCAUCUGCUGUUCUGAUGGCCAUGAUUGUACACUCUGACUGCUCUUUUUUAAAAUAGGUAUGCAAACAAUCUGAUAGGCCUAUUGCUAUACUCAUUGUAUUUCUAAUUAGUAAUCGUGAGUUUUGAAGUGUCGCAGGGCUCCUUGGUGAAGAAUUCUGAACUAGUUUGGGUAUUUGAAUCCCCUGAAUAUACCUUGGUCAAUUAAGUGUUUCUUCACCUCUUCAAACUAGGUGCUUUCUGCGUAUUUGGGCUCCCGAGUGGCGCAGCGGUCUAAGGCACUGCAUCUCAGUGAUUGAGGAGUCACUACAGACCCCCUGGUUCGAUUCCAGGCUGUAUCACAACCGGCCGUGAUUGGGAGUCCAAUAGGGCGGCGCACAAUUGGCCCAGCGUCGUUCGGGUUUGGCCGGUGUAGGCCGUCAGUGUAAAUGAGAAUGUGUUCUUAACUGACUUGCCUAGUUAAAUAAAGGUCAAAUAAAAAAAUAAAAAUUCCAGCUGACAGGUCAUGGUGCAAGGUGAGUUUGGCGUUUCCCACUGUAAUGGUGUUGAUUUUCGCCACCUGUAGCACUCGUUCCUUGUCGUUGAAUCUCAGGAAGCGUAUGGUGAUUGGGCGCGGUAGCUGUCUGACUACUGGUGGAGGCCUCAGUGCUUGGUGAGCUCGCUCCAGUUCUAUGGGCCUGUCGGUGGAUAGGUGGAGCCACUCUGGGAUUUUGUCUUGCAGGUAGCAGAUCAGUGGCUGUUUUCCUCUUCUUUUUAGGCCAGGUUUAAUAAAACACAGUUAUUCCUAUUUUCCAGGUCUUCUGUUUUAUUUUCCAGGUGCUUCAUUUUAUUUUUAGCAGAUGCUAUUGUUUCCACGGUGUCUGCCAGUGAGUUUUCCAUGGGUAGGAUUCUCCCCUCAGCCGUCAACGCAGGGCUCCCGGAUGAGGCAAUCUUGUUGUUGAUGGCAGGCAGGGCAUUUUCCAGGGUUGUCACUUUGCUCCCUAUUAUACUGAGCUGAGAGUUUGAUGUUGAGUUCUGUACAUUAGGAUCUCAGCUCAGAAAUAAUUUAUUUGACGGGACGAGGUUGGCAGUUGUUGGGCCUCGGGAAGGGACAGGUCCUCAUGCUCCUGGCUAAUGGCGCUAGCUUUUUCUGAAGCUAGCAGUUUCUUUUUCCGCGGCUAUUGCUCAAGUCCGGGUAAAAAUGUCACAUGUAAUGUCGCUUUUUGUAGGCGCCAUGGCGUUUUUGACUAAAGCUAAUGGGGUUUAACAUGAAGUGGAGGUAAGAUGAAGAUUUGGUAAUUACUUGUGCGGAGCUCUCAGUUAAUGCGGCCAUCUCGUUCAAGGGUCACGGUCCAUGUGUUUUUAACAGUUCGGAUGGUUUCACAUUGAACACUACCCUCUAUGUGUAGUGCUUGUGUUUUCAGUUCAGCUGGAUUGAUGCUUGGUCCAGAGUGGAUUGAUAAUGUAUAAGUUAUUACUAGUGAAGAUUUAAAAAACCUUUAUGUAUUUGUAUUGGUGCAGUGGUGAACCCAAGAACAGCAAUUAAGAAUUCAAGAAGCUCUGGGAAGGUGUCUCUGUGAGCAAGGCCUGUUGGUGGUCUAGAGCUCGUUGCUCAGCUCUGCUCGUACCUGGACAUAGGAAAGAGGAGGAGGAGGAAGGCGCAUAGAAGAGCGCACCGAUUACCUCUUUCUGGACAUCGACAUGGCACGAGCACAGCUCUGUCAGGUUGGAUGGUGAGCCUCACUGCACAGCUAUUUUCAGGUCUCUCCAGAGAUGUUCCAUACAUGAUGCUACUGAAAAUAACAUUUAGAUUAACAUUCAUAUAAUAAAGACUAAUAUGAAUGUCUUCUACAGUUUGACAUGUCCCCUACCUAGUGACUUUACUAGUCUUUUUACAGGCACUGUGCAUUGGGAAAGUUUUCAGACCCCUUGACUUUUUCAAAACGUUACAGCCUUAUUCUAAAAUGGAUUAAAUUGUUUUUUCCCCCCGCAUCAAUCUACACACAAUACCCCAUAAUGACAAAGCAAAAACAGGUUUUUAGAAAUCUUUGCACAUUUAUUAAAAACUGAUAUCACAUUUACAUAAGUAUUCAGACCCUUUACUCAGCACUUUGUUGAAGUAUCUUUGGCAGCGAUUACAGCCUUGAGUCUUCUUGGGUAUGAUGCUACAAGCUUGGCACACCUGUAUUUGGGGAGUUUCUCUCAUUCUUCUAUGCAGAUCCUCUCAAGCUCUGUCAGGUUGGAUGGGGAGCUUCACUGCACAGCUAUUUUCAGGUCUCUCCAGAGAUGUUGGAUUGGGUUCAAGUCCGCAGCAUGAUGCAUCCCCACAGCAUGAUACUGCCACCAACAUGCUUCACCGUAGGGAUGGUGCCAGGUUUCCUCCAGAUGUGACGCUUGGCAUUCAGGUCAAAGAGUUCAAUCUUGGUUUCUCAUGGUCUGAGAGUCCUUUAGGUUCCUUUUGACAAACUCGUGCCUUUUACUGAAGAGUGGCUUCCGUCUGGCCACUCUUCCAUAAAGGCCUGAUUGGUGGAGUGCUGCAGAGAUAGUUGUCCUUCUGGAAGGUUCUCCCAUCUCCACAGAGGAACUCUGGAGCUCUGUCAGAGCUCCCUGACCAAGACCCUUCUCACCCGAUUGCUCAGUUCGGCCAGGCGGCCAGCUCUAGGAAGAGUCUUGUGGUUCCAAACUUCUUCCAUUUAAAAAUGUUAUUGGGGACCUUCAAUGCUGCAGAAAUGUUUUGGUAUCCUUCCCUAGAUCUGUGCCUCGACACAAUCCUGUCUCGGAGCUCUACGGACAAUUCCUUCGACCUCAUGGCUUGGUUUUUGCUCUGACAUGCACUGUCAACUGUGGGACCUUAUAUAGGCAGGUGUGUGCCUUUCCAAAUCAUUGCUCUCAAGGAUGAUCCUCUGCGGAAGCAUAGUUCCCGCUCAGCCCAGUCAAAACUGUUCGCUGCUCUGGCACCCCAAUGGUGGAACAAGCUCCCUCACGACGCCAGGACAGCGGAGUCACUCACCACCUUCCGGAGACAUUUGAAGCCCCACCUCUUUAAGGAAUACCUGGGAUAGGAUAAAGUAAUCCUUCUACCCCCCCCCCAAAAAAAAAAAAAAAAAUUGUAAAGUGGUUAUCCCACUGGCUAUAGGGUGUAAGUCGCUCUGGAUAAGAGCGUCUGCUAAAUGACGUAAAUGUAAAUGAAACAGGAUGCACCUGAGCUCAAUUCCGAGUCUCAUAGCAAAGGGGCUGAAUACAUAUGUAAAUAAGGUAUUUCUGUUUUUUUAUUUUUGCAAAACAUUCUAAAAACCUGUUUUCGAAUAGUCAUUAUGGGGUAUUGUGUGUAGAUUGAGGAUUUGUAUUUAUUUAAUCCAUUUUAGAAUAAGGCUGUAACGUAACAAGGUGGAUAAAGGGAAGUGGUCUGAAUACCUUCCGAAUGCAAUGUAUACAGCAAUAGUUGAAUAGGAUGGCAUUGACUAGAAUACAGUAUAUACAUAUGAAAUGAGUAAAGCAGUAUAAACAUUAUUAAAGUGACCAGUGUUCCAUGUCUAUGUACAUAGGGCAACAGCCUCUAAGGUGCAUGGUUGAGUAACUGGGUGGUAGGCGGCUAGUGAUGGCUAUUUAACAGUCUGAUGGCGUAACAAAAUGUGGAAAAAGGGAAGGGGUCUGAAUACUUUCCAAAUGCACUGUAUAUAUAAUACCACUGACGAGGGAGAGGAUCUUCCAGAACGUGCUGCGUGUGGACGGGAAGAGAGGCUACUGGAACCUGUCUUUAGAAUCUUCCGCACCAUCCUGA